UUAAAGAUUGCUCCCACAUCUGAUAGUGAUUUUGGACGAUAUAAUUGUACAGCAACAAACAGAAUAGGAACAAGAUAUCAGGAGUAUACACUUGGUCAAGCUGAUGUGCCAUCAAAUCCUUAUGGAGUACGAGUUUUAGAGUUGUCACAAACCACUGCCAAAGUUGUGUUCAAUAAGCCAGAUUCACAUGGAGGUGUGCCCAUUCAUCAUUACCAAGUGGAUAUAAAAGAGAUAGCCUCAGAAACCUGGAAAAUAGUUCACUCCCAUGGAGUUCAAACAAUGGUUGUUCUCAGCAAUUUGGAACCAAAUACAACAUAUGAGAUCAAAGUAGCUGCAGUAAAUGGAAAAGGGCAAGGAGAGUAUAGCAAAAUUGAGAUCUUUCAGACCUUACCUGUCCGGGAACCAAGCCCCCCUUCAAUUCAUGGACAGCCAGGAAGUGGCAAGAGUUUUAAACUUAGCAUAACUAAACAAGAUGAUGGUGGUGCCCCCAUUUUGGAAUAUAUUGUCAAAUACAGAAGUAAAGAUAAGGAAGACCAGUGGCUAGAGAAAAAAGUGCAAGGUAGUAGAGACCACAUCAUCUUAGAGCAUCUUCAAUGGACCAUGGGUUACGAAGUACAAAUUACAGCUGCCAACAGACUGGGUUAUUCUGAACCCACAUUGUACGAAUUCAGCAUGCCACCAAAGCCCAACAUUAUUACAGACACUCUUUUUAAUGGUCUUGGACUUGGUGCUGUCAUUGGCCUGGGAGUGGCAGCCCUUUUGUUAAUCCUGGUUGUGACUGAUGUUAGCUGCUUCUUUGUACGACAAUGUGGAUUGCUAAUGUGCAUCACCAGGAGGAUCUGUGGGAAAAAGAGUGGUUCAAGUGGAAAAAGUAAAGAACUGGAAGAAGGAAAGGCCGCUUACUUGAAAGAUGGAUCAAAAGAGCCAAUAGUGGAAAUGAGAACAGAGGAUGAAAGAAUUACCAAUCAUGAAGAUGGGAGUCCAGUAAAUGAGCCAAAUGAGACAACUCCUCUCACAGAACCAGAGAAGCUGCCACUAAAGGAGGAAAAUGGGAAAGAAGCUUUAAAUCCAGAAACCAUAGAAAUCAAAGUUGCUAAUGACAUCAUCCAGUCAAAAGAAGAUGAUAGCAAAGCAUAAUAAGAUAAACUACAGCUGUCUGGAUAAUGCAUUUGGAUUGAAGUAACCCCGUGACCAAAACUUUACAGCUGACCUUAAUUUCUUGGGAAACUUAAGCUUGGAAUAGUUAGUACAUGUGUACAUAUGAUAAAACAGUUUCUGUCUACAGUUACUUUAUUUUUUUUUUUUUUUUUUGUUAAUGGUUUUAGGAUGUAGUUUUGCUGACACCA